UGGGGUGUCUCGGUGACAGGCACUGAGGGAGGCACUUGAUGGGAUGAGUACUGGGUGUUCUACUAUAUGUUGGCAAAUCAAACUCCAAUAAAAAAUAUACAGGACGUCUGGGUGGCUCAGUGGUUAAGCGCCUGCCUUCAGCCCAGGGCAUGAUCCUGGGGUCCUGGGAUGGAGUCCCACAUCGGGCUCCCUCUGGGGAGCCUGCUUCUCCCUCUCCCUGUGUCUCUGCAUUUCUCUCUGUGUCUCUCGUGAAUAAAUAAAUAAAAUAGUUUUUAAAAGAAUAAAAAUAAAGUGUUUUGCUCCAGGGACACCUGGGUGGCUCAGCGGUUGAGCAUCUGCCUUUGGCUCUGGUCAUGAUCCUGGGGUUCCGGGGUCAAGUCCCCCAUAGGGCUCCCAGAAGUGAGCCUACUUCCCUGCCUGUGUCCCUGCUAUUUUCUCUGUGUCUCUCAUGAAUAAAUAAAUCUUUCCCAAAAAAAAAAGUGUUUUGCUCCAGUAAAUGUCAGCAAUUGUUGCUGGCACUCAGCCGCAGCCCUAGGAUCAGAGCAUGUGCCUGGUGAUCUCAGAGCUCCGUCUUCCCUGCCGGUGGCCCUGCCUGGACGCCACUCCCUCGGACCCUCUCUGCAGCCUGCAGUGGCCUGCCAGAGAGCUCACAAGACUUAGCCACACCCCUAGCCCACCCCACUAAUAAACAGCUGCCUAGCCUGCCCCACUGUCCUCUAGCACUUUCCAGUCCUCUGGAGUCAGUGGCUGCUGCACCAUGCAGUCUCUAGGCUUUGCACUUGCCUUCCUCACCGUGCCAAUGGUGCUGUGCGGGGACUCAGAGGGUACCUGGUGCUACGACUCCCAGGACCCGAAGUGUGGCCCCACCCACUGGAAGGAGAUGGCCCCUGCCUGUGGGGGCCCAGCCCAAUCCCCCAUCAACAUUGACCUUCACCUGGUCCAGCAGGACCCUGCCCUGGGACCCUUUAUCUUCCAAGGCUACCACUCAGCACCUCCAGGCCCAUGGACACUGGAGAAUGAUGGCCAUACAGUACUGCUCCGCAUGGACACUGACCCGCAGAGCCGCCUGGAGAUUUGGGGCGCUGGGCUGCCGCUGCCUGCCUACCGUGCCCUGCAGCUGCACUUCCACUGGGGGGGCCCUGGGCGAGCAGGCUCAGAGCACAGUGUGGAUGGGCAGCGCUACCCCAUGGAGAUGCACGUGGUCCACAUGAACACGAGGUAUCAGAGCGUAGAGGAGGCGCGAAGUCACCCUGAUGGGCUGGCAGUGCUGGCGGUGCUGUUGGCAGAGCGGGACACGGACAACGCCAACUUCUCCGCGCUUGUGUCGGGCCUGAAGAACGUGUCUGAGAGCGGGGUCUCCGCGAAUCUGGCACCCACCUUCCCGCUGGCCUCGCUGCUGCCCGGCGCCUCUGGCCUCUCCCGCUACUACCGCUACUCGGGGUCGCUGACCACGCCCGGCUGCCAGCCCGCGGUGCUCUGGACGCUCUUCGCCGACGCGGUCCCCAUCGGGCGCGCGCAGGUGGGGCCGCCACCCCUCCCCCUCCUCCCUCCCUCCCGCAGCCCCGGCUCUCCCGACUUCACCGUCUCUGCCCUGAGCCCUCAGGUGGCCCAGUUCCAGACUGUGCCCCGGGCCGGUCUCCCCGGCUCGCGCCCUGCACCGCUCACCGACAACUUCCGCCCGCAGCAGCCUCUCGGGGGGCGCAGGGUCUCGGCCUCUCUGGGCGCCUCCAUCCGCGCCACAGCCUCGGCCCCCGCCCCGCACCUGGCCCCUGUGCGCGGGGCUCUGCUGGGCCUAGGGCUCCGCCUGUGGCUCUGGAGGAGCCCCUAGGACCCAGGCUCGCCCCUUCCUGCAAUAAACGAUGCACA